GCGGACCGGAAGCUGCGGGGCAGGGGCGGGAGUUCCGUCCGGCGGCGGCGGAGGCGAUGAUGAGCUUCGAGUCGCCCUGGCAGUACAGCUUCCCGCCCUUCUUCACAUUGCAGCCCAAUGUGGACACGAGGCAGAAGCAGCUGACCGCUUGGUGUUCUUUGGUGCUCUCCUACUGCCGCCUCAACAAGCUCUACACCAUGACUGUCACAGAGGCCCAGGAGAGCCCCCUAUUCAACAACAGGAAACUGCAGCGAAAGCUGCCUUUGGAAUCCAUCCUUGUGGUGCUGGAGGAGCUCAGGAAAAAAGGGAAUCUCGAGUGGCUAGACAAGAAUAAGUCCAGUUUCUUGGUCUUGUGGCGACGGCUGGAAGAGUGGAGCAAGCUCAUCUACCAGUGGGUCUCAAAGAACGGGCUGACCAACUCCGUUUUCACGCUCUAUGAGUUGUCCAAUGGCGAUGACACAGAGAAUGAAGAGUUCCAUGGUCUGGAAGAAUCCCUGCUCCUCCGCGCCCUGCAAGCUCUGCAGCAGGAACACAAGGCUGAGAUCAUCACGCUGGACGAUGGGCGGGGUGUCAAGUUCUUUUAGCCGUGGUCUUGCCUUAGCCUUUGAGCCCGACAGGUGCCCCCGUCUGUCUUCCUGGGCAGGAGGAGGGGCCUCCGUGUGCUUCGGUUUCCCCGCCUCAAAGGCCGGAACGUCACAGAUGUUGUCCUGAUGGCUCAGCAUCCUCCACCUCUUCAGCGGCUGACUUUCUCUUUGCAUUUCUCCUCUGCUACUUCUGCCCUGUGAAGGAAUUGUUAUGUUCAAGGCACUCCGAGUACAGCUCUGAGGACCAGAGUAUCUGCCGGGCCUGGUGGAGGGGAAGCAAACACGGGCUCUCGGGCUUCCUUGUGUUGAGCUUGCCCCAGAUCCUGCUGACUGAGGAUCACAGUGCAGUGGGGCAGGAGGCCGACACGUUCACCGUUCCCAGCAAGAAGAGGGGGGUGGGCCUGUGGGGUGCAAUUAAACC